AUGUCGAGACGGGGUCCCUGGACAAAUCGCGAAGAUGAGAUGCUGAAGGAGAUCGUCGAACAGCAAGGCGCCUUGAACUGGGUCAAAAUCGCACAACGGGUGCAAACAAGGUCGCCGAAGCAGUGUAGGGAGCGCUACCACCAAAACCUGAAGCCUGGUCUCAACCACAGCCCCAUCACGCCUGAAGAAGGUGUUGUAAUAGAAAAAAUGGUUCAAGAGAGGGGGAAAAGAUGGGCUGAGAUUGCCAGAGCUCUGAACAAUCGAAGCGACAAUGCGGUCAAGAACUGGUGGAAUGGCAGUAUGAACCGCCGGCAACGCCUAAUGCGUAGAGCAGCUGAAAACCACCAUGCAAGAGUGUAUGGGCAAGAUAUCUGCGACGAGACUACGCCAGAACAAUCACAGGCUUCAGCAUCAUACCACUGCCACGACCCAUACCAUCGUCACUCACACUCGAGCUACUCGGGCUGCCCAUCCUACGGACAACAAGAACAGCAUACGCAUAAUGAAUACUACGAGCAGCCUGCAUUUGUCCGGGAACAUACUGUAGUAUCCCGCUCAGGCUCUCCCCAUACAUAUACAUCUAUAUACCCCCCUCGUCUUCGAUCUACUGAUCCUUCUACCUAUGGUAUAACCUCACCAUAUAACUAUCAGAUUCGUCGUACCAAAUCGUGGGACAACCAUUCGGAGCUUUCAGGGCUCCCAUCGCCGUCUACAUCGUCGUCACCCCUUAUUGAGCCUCUUGAACCGCCUACUCCUGCUCCCUGGAAGCUGGAUCAUAGCUUAACGAACCGCCCUAUGCGCAUUCCUAGCUACUCACGAGAGUCUCUCCCUGUACUGCCCCCACUACGGUCCGAGGAUUCGCCCUCGCCGUCACGCGAGUUUGAAGCAUUAAAUCUUAGGAAUGAUCCGCAACCAGUAAUGGACGAUGUUGGUCGAAAGGUGUCAAAAUUACCGCCGAUCAGUGAAUGCAUCUCAAGAUAUGAUGAAUUACAUUACCAACUGCGAACAGCACCCAGCACACCACGACGUCAUCCGGAGAGACAACCGGAACAACCUAGUUCGGCCUCGGGAUCUCCAUACUCACCACGCGGAGACAAAUAUCACGAAGUGAAACGCAAGAUGGAAUUGCGAUUUCUGGCUCAAUAA